AAGGUUAAAUGUCAUAUAAACAAAACCGGCUCGAAUCACAAUGAAAUCUGGUGUUAAUGAUCACUGAUGGAAAGGCAAGCAUAUUUCGGGAAUGUUGAAAAAAUAAUCUGAAAUAUUGCUAAAGUUUGCAGCGUUGGUAUUUUAAAAUUCCUGUAUGCUUCCUGAAUUAUGAAAAUAAAAAAUGACAAAAUUAUAAUUAAAGAUAAGCUUUACAUGUCCAUUGAAACAUGCAAUGAAAUGCAUCAUUUGCAUCAAAUGAAAUCAGUAAGAAUUAUGCUAGGCAGUCCACAAGUGUCGGCAUCCAUCCAGUGCCAAGAAAGUAGAUUCACUAACCUUAACUGUAUGUCUUUGGAAUGUGGGAAGAGACCAGAGCGCCAAGAGGAAACCCACACAGUAAUGGGGAGAACUUACAAAUUCUUAACAGACAAUGGUGGGAAUCAAACUCCAGUCUUAGUGUUUCACUAACCACUCUGCUACCUUGUCACUCAUUUUGGAAAAAUAGUUUUAUCUGUGCCUUAUUUCUGUUUUUAAAAGUGAAGGCAAGAACCAGAGGCUUUUGUAUGUUCUCCAUACUGGACUGAUUGUGAUCCAAGAUGAAUCUCUUUAAACACAAGUCAACUGUGAACCUUCACCCUCUGAGCAGAGGUUAGCAGUGGAUUCCAAAGGCUGGUGAAAUGUUACAGGUGCUCCCUUCCUGAUGGCUUGACAAAUCAUUUCUCAAUCUGCAUUCCCUGAGGCACCAUGUGGAGGAACAUCACUCCCACCUGUCCAAUAGCAUUGGAAAUGAAUGGCUCCACAGUGGGCAAAGCUUUGGUAAAGGUGCAGCAGAUGCAAAACACCUUUGACCACAGAGGUUGGGAAAUGUAGUAUAGAAACUUGUUUAUCAUUUCUACAUCCUCUAACUGAAUGUGUACCACCCCUGUAAAUGGAACCAACCAGGUACUAACACUUCUGGAUAGAGUGGAUGGUGAAAGAAGGUGUUUCCAUCAGGAGAGUCUAGGAGCUGAGUACAGGGCCUCAAAAUAAAGGGAUGACCCUUUAGAACAGAGAUUCAAAGAUUCCUUCAGCCAGAGGGUGGAAAAUCUGUGGAAUUCAUUGUUGUGGGGCAAGUCAUUGGGUAUAUUUAAGGCAAAGAUUGAAAGAUUCUCGAUAUACAAGAGGGUUAAGGGAGAAGUCAGAAGAAUGGGGUUGGAAAAAUCAGCUAUGAUUGAAUGGUGGAGCAGACCCCAUGUUCUGUAUCUCAGCUCUGUUAUUAAACGUGGCAUACUAACCAAUAGUCAGCAAUAAACUAAGACCCCGGUUUUAGUUCAUUAGAGUACUGGAUUGUUGGCAGAACCUUUCAUCUACUUAGCAGACAUUUGGAAAAACCCCCAAAAUAUUACAGAAGCAACUGAAAACAUGUACCAAAGCAAAUCUUUAACUCAUCCUGAUGAAGAGCCUUGGCCUGAAACAUCAACUGUUUAUUCCCAUCCAGCUGCAGAAUCUAAUGUGUCUAUAAUUUGUUAUAUGCUGUUUAUGCAUGUGGUAGAAGUACCUGUGUCUUCCAAACUUUCAUACAUUAUUGUCUCCAGCUGUCACAACUCCGAGUCCAGUAAUGUGACACAUUCACCCACUGAACACCUACCUGUCAGUGAGAUGGGUUUGUGGUAAGGCAGGUGCUGGAAGAUUGCAGCCUAGAAAAUGUAGUGCAUUGGAACAGGACAGGAAGGGUCAAGUUAGAAAUUGCAUUGUAGUGAUGGGUGAAACCCCGGAGCUGAACAAAGUGACACAUGGCUUGUUUUCAUGUUUUACCCCAAGAAAAUAAUUGACUCACAAUCAGCAAACCCUGGAAAUAACAGGAUUGUAUUAAUUGGAUUAUUCAGUGAGUUCCCCAUGGCUGAGGGGCCUUUCCUCAGGAAGAGACACAGGCUGCUGUAGCUGUUAUCUCAGGUUCUCCAUCCAAGGUCUGUAUGGACUGAGGAUAACAAGUUCCAGGGAACAAAGAGAUGUGGGGAUCAUGCAAGGACAUGCAGAGGACCUGAUGAAGCUUCGAGAGUCUCCUCCUCCUUUGCCUGCUAUUCCAUGAAAUUAUCAUUCUGUUUGAGGACUGAAUCCAAGGGGGCAUUGCUUUGUGGAUCCAAAAUUGGCUUGCCCACAGAAGGCAAAGAGUGGUUGUAGAUGGGGAUGGGAGAGGUUCCAGAGGAUUGGAGGGUUGCAGAUGUUGUUCCUUUAUUCAAGAAAAGGAGUAGAGUUAGCCCAGGGAAUUACAGACCAGUGAAUCUUACCUCAGUGGUUGGUAAGUUGAUGUAGAAGAUCCUGAGAGGCAGGAUUUAUGAACAUUUGGAGAGGUAUUAUAUGAUUAGGAAUAGUCAGCAUGGCUUUGCAAAAGGCAGGUCAUACCUUACGAGCCUGAUUGAAUUUUUUGAGGAUGUGACUAAACACAUUGAUGAAGGAAGAGCAGUAGAUGUAGUGUAUAUGGAUUUCAGCAAGGCAUUUGAUAAGGUACCCCAUCCAAUGCUUACUGAAAAAGUAAGGGGACAUGGGAUCCAAGGGGACAUUGCUUUGUGGAUACAGAACGAUCUUGCCCACAGAAGGCAAAAAGUGGUUAUAGACAGGCCAUAUUCUGCAUGGAGGUCGGAUAGUGCUGGGGAGUAGAUACAGAGGAGUACCUACUCAGAGAGUGGUGAGUGCGUGGAAUGGGCUGCCAGCAAAUGUGGUGGAGGCAGAUAUGAUAGGGUCUUUUAAGAGGCUUUUAGAUAGGCAUAUGGAGCUUAGUAAAAUAGAGGGCUAUAGGUAAGCCUAGAAAUUUGUUGGCCGAAGGGCCUGUAUUGUGCUGUAGGUUUUUCUGUUUCUAUAUUUUGCAUGGAGGCUAGUGACCAGUGGUGUGCCUCAGGGAUCUGUCCUGGGACCCCACUCUUUGUGAUUUUUAUAAAUGACCUGGAUGAGGAAGUGGAGGGAUGAGUUAAUAAAUUUGCUGAUGACACAAAGGUUGGGGGUGUUGUGGAUAGUGUGGAGGGCUGUCAGAGGUUAUGGUGGGAUGUUGAUAAGAUGCAAAACUGGACUGAGAAGGGGCAGAUGGAGUUCAACCCAGAUAAGUGUGAAGUGGUUCAUUUUGGUAGGUCAAAUAUGAUGGCGGAAUAUAGCAUUAAUGGCAAGACUCUUGGCAGUGUAGAGGAUCAGAGGGAUCUUGAGGUCCGAGUCCAUAGGACACGCAAAGCUGCUGUGCAGGUUGACUCUGUGGCUAAGAAGGCAUAUGGUGCAUUGGCCUUCAUCAAUCAUGGGAUUGAGUUUAAGAGCCGAGAGGUAAUGUUGCAGCUAUAUAGGACACUGGUCAGACCCCACUUGGAGAACUAUGCUCAAUUCUGGUUGCCUCAUUACAGAAAGGACUUGGAACCCAUAGAAAGGGUACAGAGGAGACUUACAAGGAUGUUGCCUGGAUUGGGGAGUAUGCCUUAUGAGAAUAGGUUGAGUGAACUUGGCCUUUUCUCCUUGGAAUGAUGGAGGAUAAAUGACCUGAUAGAGGUGUACAAGAUGAUGAGAGGCAUUGAUCAUGUGGAUAGUCAGAGGCUUUUCCCCAGGGCUGAAAUGGCUAGCACGAGUGUGCAUAGUUUUAAGGUGCUGGGGUGCAGGUACAGAGGAGAUGUCAGGGGUAAGUUUUUUACUCAGAGUAUGGUGAGUGUGUGGAAUGAGCUGCCAGCAGCGGUGGUGGAGGCAGAAACGAUAGUGUCUUUUCAGACACUUCUGGAAUGGAUACAUGGAGCUUAAAAAAUAGAGGACUAUGGGUAAGCAUCGGUAGUUCUAAGGUAAGGACAUGUUCAGCACAGCUUUGUGGGCAGAAGAGCCUGUACUGUGCUGGAGCCUUUCUAUGUUUUUAUCUCAGAGUUCCUCAAAGCCAGUCACAGCUUUGCGCAUGCAAGGCAGUGCUGCUUUAAGAGUCCCACCCUGGUUAUUAUUCAAGCUGCUGAGCUUGGGCCAGUCACAUACAAAUGCAAAGCUUCCUCGCAGACUCUGACAGCCACACUGUCUGCUGUUACUGGAACCUGUUCUUCAGCAGAGCAGAACCAUGGAGUGGAGAUGCAGCAGCCUGGAGUGGGUGUUUUGCCUGAGUUAUACCCUGUCCCUUCUUGUGGUGUCUAGUCAACCCUGCCAACCAGGAUACAAGCUUGAAGCUGAUCUAGACUGCAUCGAUAUCAACGAAUGUGCUGAAGUUGCUCAGAUAUGUGGGCCAAACACAAGGUGCCAUAACAUAAUGGGAAGUUAUUUCUGUACCUGUAUGCAGGGAUUCCAUCCUUAUAUCAAUGCCUCCCAUGGGACAAGCUGCCAAGAGGUUGCAAGACACACACGACUGAGGAAACGGGCCACACUCAUUAGACAGAACGUCACGGCACCUGAUCAUGGGAACAACAUGCCAUCUGAACACAGCAUUACAAUGGUACCUGAGCAUGAAGGCAUUCCUGAUAACAGGAACACACCCGAGCCAGGAAGUGGGAACUUCCCAGAGCAUGGGAAUGGGAAUACAUUCAACCUGAUCAUGCAGAGCACAUCAAAGUCAGCUAAUAGAAAUAUAACUGGGCCUGAAAAUGAAAAUGUAACUAAACCAGGUAACCUGAGAACAGCUGAACCAGGUUACAGGAGCACAGCUGAGCCAGGCAACAAGAGCUCAUCUGACCCAUUUAACAAGAACAUAUCUGAACAUAAAGGGAGCAUGCCUAGAACUGGAAAUGGCUAUACACCUGAGCGAGGUAACAGAAGCACACCUGAGGCUGGAAACGGGAGCAGACGUGAGGCUACAACAGAGCUAGGUAACAGAGACCCUGGUCCAUCUUCCACUCUGUCCACUGAUGUCAGAAACCACAGUGAUCCUGCUGGGCAGUGGAAUCUUAGACUGACCACUACCCUGGAGCAGCCAGCUUCACCUGGGAGACUGUUUUGCUCCAUGAUAACGAAUGUGAGUCGCCUCUUCAAUAAACCAUGCUAUAACCCCAUCAAAGGAUCACCACUUGAGGAUGUUCGAUACAUCACUCAACUGCUGAUGGAGGACUUCCCACUGGUGGGCAUGAGGCAGGAUGAGCGGAUAAAUUCAGCCUCCAGUAUCCUGAUGGCGGUGGAGAGAGUGGCUGUCACACUGGGGUUGACCUCAGCCCUGGACCAAGUGAUGGCCAUGCCCAGCCAAGAAAUGGAACUCCAGGUUAUUCGUGUGGACAGCUCCCGCAGUGCUGAUGGUAUACAGCUACAAGCCAAGGACAAUGCCCUGGAGGUUUUAUGGACGACAGCCAACAACACCUUUGGGAAAGGUUCUGCUGUGCUUGCUUUCAUCGUAUACAACAAUCUGGAUCCAGUGCUGCAGGGAGCAUGCUAUAAAGACAAAGAGAGCGGAGAUCUUCAGGACAAUGUUCAACUCCACUCUAAAGUAGUUUCAGCUGCUCUGGAAUUCUCACCCAGAACCAACUUUUCUGUGGUUGUAAACUUUGUCUUGAAACAUAAAGAGGUAGGGACCACUGCUGGGAGAUUGUCCUGUGUGUACUGGAACCACACCCCGAUAGGGAGUUACUGGUCCAUGAGCGGCUGUGAACUGAUACAAUCCAACUUUAGUCACACGACCUGCCAAUGCCAGCACUUGUCCAGCUUUGCCAUCCUGAUGUCCUUCAACAAGCAGCUACAGGGCUAUUCGCAGGACUGCCUCUCAGUGAUUACCUUCAUUGGGAUCCCGAUAUCACUGGUGUGUCUGCUCUCCGCCCUCGCCACCUUCACCCUUUGCUCACAGGCCAGGAACGCAGUGAGCACCACCCACACACACCUGUGCCUCAGCCUCUUCCUGGCUGAGCUGCUCUUCCUGGUGGGAAUCAACAGGACUGUCAACCGGGCAAUGUGUGGUAUUGUCGCUGGGUGCUUACAUUAUUUGUUUCUGGUGGCCUUCACUUGGAUGAGUUUGGAGUCAACUCAGCUGUAUCUGAUGGUCAGGAACCUCAGGAAGAUGAGAGUGUCUAAUUCCAGCCAGUUGGGGAAGUUCAUCUACCCUCUGGGAUAUGGAAGCCCUGCGCUGAUAGUGGCCAUCUCUGCAGUAAUAUACCCUAAUGGAUAUGGAUCGGAGCGGAACUGCUGGUUACAGGUGGAGAAUGGUUUUGCCUGGAGCUUCCUGGGCCCGGUUUACUUCUUCAUUUUGGUCAACACAUUUCUCUUCACCAUGACUCUCUACACAUUGAAUGAAGAGCUUUCCAACCGUGACACAAAAGUAUCAAAGAUUAAAGACACAAGGAUGCUGAUAUUUAAAGCCAUUUCACAGGUGUUCAUCCUGGGCUGUACUUGGAUCCUUGGCCUGUUCCACUUCCAAGAGGAAACAGUUGUGAUGGCCUAUCUGUUCACUAUCGUCAACAGUUUCCAAGGCACUUUCAUCUUCAUCAUUCUGUGUCUCCUGAAUCCCAAGGCAAGUGCUGAAUACCAGAAGUGGAUUUUCUCCAUUUGCAAGGCCAGGAGGGUCUUAUUCAACUCUGAAUCUACCAAAAUGACACUAUCCGUGACAUCGGAAACAGCAUGACGAAAUGAAUCCAGGUUUCUGCUUUGUUACAGAAAAUGCAGCAAGAUGUUUCAAGAAAAUGUGAAUAUGCUACUUUCUAAAAUGCCAUUCCAUCUCCCAUAUCUGUUCAUUCACAAGACCCAUCUACAAAUGGGUCCAAUGACCGUGGCAAGUCGCCUCGCAGUGGUCAAUUUUACAAUGUCAAGAUGCCUUUUGUUGGAAGUAUAUUCUAUUAACAUUUCUAUCCUAAAGGUAGAAGUGAAUUUUCUACUGACAACUUUGGAGGGAGACAGCUUAUUCCCUACAGAUUAUUUAGAGUAAAGCAGAGGAUUGACUGUUCCUUUAACAUAAGAGAUUAUACAGAUGUUGUAACUCCACAGCAAAACAGCAGGUCAGCAGCAUCUAUGGAGGGGAAUAAACAGCUGAUGUUUCAUGCCAAGACCCUUUAUCAGUACAUGAUGAAGGGUCCCAGACCAAAGCAUCAGCUGUUUAUUUCCCUCUAUAGACGCCGCCUGACCUGUUGAUUCCUUCAGCAUUUUAUAUUGACCAUUACUUUUAUGCAGAACGUAGCUCAUUUAUCCUCUACAAGACAUUUCAGGAUCCGUUAUAAUAUAUGGGUCUGUUAUUAGUCAGUUGGUGAUUUCUUACAUCUGGUUUUGGAGUUAAAGUGAGAUGCAGCAACUUCUUUGUAAUCGCUUAAGAAUGACUCCAUAUAAGCAAUUUAAACAUUUGUACAUUUAUGGAUAAGUGUAUGUACUUUUAUUCAUACAUUGAUAAAAGUAUGGAACUAAUUCAAAGCUGAGUGACUCCAAUGGCUGUAGCGUUCUUCCUUCUGGUGAAGUUAAUGAUCCCUCUCUAGUUUAAGUACAAUUUAGUCUGCAUUAGGAGAUACCAUCUUGUAGAAGACCAUCCACUCUCUCAAUUACAUGUCUACAUUGAAGGAAUGCAGAAUAUUAUAGUGCAGGUCAGGUCCUUCAACUCAUUUUAAUCUACUCCAAUAUCAAUCUAAACCCUUCCCUCCCACAGAGCUCAAUUUUUGUAUCAUCCAUGUGCUUUUCUAAGAAGUCACUUAAAAUGCCCCUAGUAUAUCUGCCUCUAUCACCACUCCCAGCUGCACAUUCCAUGCAACUCCCACUCUGUGAAAAAAACCUACCCCUGAAAUCCCCCUCUGUACUUUCCUCCAAUCACUUUAAGAUUAUGCCUCUGGUAUUAGCUAUUUCUAUCUUGGGAAAAAGUCUCUGGCUGUCCAUUUAAUCAAUGCCUCGUAUCAUUUUGUACAUUUCUAUCGAGUUACCUCUCAUCCACUGUAGAAGUACAAGUAAAAGUGCAAGGGACAUCCCUCUGAAGCCACAUCCAAGCUCUUGUCACCAUAAGAGAGUUCAACAAAAAUAAUUCAAAAAAAAUAAUGCAGAUGCUGAAAACAUGAAAUAGAAAAUUGAUAGAAACACUCAGCAGAUCAGGCAGCAUCUGUGGGUCAAUUUUAACACUUUAAGUCACAGGGAAGCAGAGGUGAGUCACCUACCUGGUGCUUCAGGCUGAAAAAGAUCACAAAAACAGAUUUCUCUUUAACAGCAACAUGCUGGAUAUCACCACGGAUGAAACCUCCCUCUUCUCUCUUACUUGCUGUUUAAUUCUUAUAAUGAUAAUGUUCAAAAUGAAAUUAUAAAGAUGGGAGCCACUGCUGACACUGGAAAUUAGGAGCAUAGUACACAUACAAAAUGCUGACGAAACAUAGCAGGUCAGCCAGCAUCUAUGGACAGGAGUAAGCACUCAAUGUUUCUUGUUUCUGCUCCCUUUUUGUUGAAGGGUCUACCUAAAACAUUGAGAGAUUAUUCACCCCUACUGCAAUUACACAGCAAUACCUGAAGUAUUUACAUUUUGGUCAACUUACCCAUGGGAAAUAGGUAUCGAGGAGGAACAGCACAGAUUCACAAUGUUAGAGCUGGGGAUAAUAUAUUUUCUAGAACCCAGGAGAACUAAUGAUCAAUGAAUACAUAAACACUUUGAGGGCUGGAGAGUAGAUCAGAUAUCCGGUCUCUUUGCCCCAUGAUACAGUGAAAAACUUACAGAAUCAUUAACAAGAGUACAGCUGUCACUGGGCCAGGUACGGGAGUCAGGUUAGGCGGGGUGGCCAGGGACUGGAUUCAGGGAUAAAAUUGUCACGUUAGGGCAGAGGCUGGAUACAGGGAUACAACUGUCACUGGGCAAAGACUAGAUAUAGGGAUACAGGAGUCAUGGGGGCAAAUGAAGUCACCGAAAAGUGCUGGUAGUUAAUUAAGCAGCCUCUUUAUUCGACAAAACAAGAUACAGCAGGCAUCAUUUCGAGUGCCUUUCAGUGGAAAGGUCUGCACAGUCCAGCCCUGUACAUCACUUUAUAUGCUAAAGAUCAAAGAAAAACUCUGAAUUCAAACAAUCCAUAUUUAGUGUUUCCUUUGAAACACACACCCUCUUUCACACCUCUCUCCUUGACGGCUAUUAUACAGACACCCAAAUAAUGAAUUUAAAUCAGCAGUAUCUACCCAUUUUUCAGAGUUGCAUUUUAGAUUUAAUCUUCAAUGCAUAUUCAGAGCUGAAGGUUGGUCACUGAAGUCAAUAUUCACUUUAUAUCCUAAUCCCAAAAUUAUUCUUGGCAAAAUAAAUUUGUACCAUGAAAGGUCAGCCUUACAGAGGAUCUACUCAAAUAGGGCAGCAGAAAUCUCCUACUUUGGAACCCUCCCAAUUACGCUAAGUAUGUCUACAUCUAUCCUAUCAUCCCUAAUGGCUACCUACAAAAUGCUAAUCAGAAAGAUUGUUCCAGAAAUUUGAACAACGGUCUUUAGAAAUAGUGCCUGUUGGCUCUUUCCCUGCUGGCUGAUUGCAACUUAAUCAUAUUACUUGUCUUCACCCCUUUAUUCUCUGAUAGCCAAAACUCUUUAUCCAGAGACACCAGCAAGGUAAAUGCAACAGGCUCACAGGCCCUCUCAUCGAUGUGCAGGAUAGACUCAAAAAUACACUGAAGAGACCAGCUGAGUUCCUCCAGCAUUUUGUGUGUGUGGCUUGGAUUUCCAGCAUCUGCAGAUUUUGUUGCCAGAAAUACACUGAAAGCUGCACCCUGCCAAUUUUGAGUAUCUGUGACUCGCUUCUUUCUACUUUCACCAUUUUUGCUCCUAUACAUCUAAUAUAAAUAGCCUCACACACUAAAUGCCGGUGGAAUGCAGCAGGCCAGGCAGCA